UCUCACCGGAAUAUUCCAAGCCGACGACUAUUUCACAAACACACAUCUAUCUUUUCCCGAAAACUAUAAAUACUUAUCAUUCUUACGAAAUUUGUGCCCUAGAAAGUUCAAUUUCCAUUUAGCCUCCAUUUGAUAGCCGCAACAACCAUGCUCGUCGAACUCUUCGUUUCCAAACACCUUCUGUUUCAUAAAUCUCUCUCACUUCCCUUCUCAAUAUCCCACCGUACUUCGCAUCUGUACACUCAAAAGUUGUGAUAGAUCGCGGGAGAUGUUCGCUACUUACACUCAAUUUGAUGUUAAUUAUAGUAGUUUGUCGUAUUGUUGCUGUAGCUGUGUUGUACGGUGAUGGAUGCGGUGGAACUUGGCUAUCCGGUGGAUGUUCCGAAACUCAUGGGAUCUGAUGGUUUCGGUAGAGCUAGGGUUACAGUCAACGAGGUCGAGGCCGUCGCUUGCGAGUCUAACACUCGCGUUUCGAUUAUCGUUAACACGCCGAUUGAACGUUGUAGUACUUUUCUUAGACAAAAAGAUGUGACAAGUACUGUUAAUGAUUUGGAGUCAACAUGGGAUAAGAUUCAAAAAACUGAACCUCGGAAACAUGAUAGUCAGCUACCCAGUCUUCAUGUUGAAGACUCAUCUGCACAGCUUAAAAGUGGGAGCACCAGUUGUCCUUCAUCGACUUCAAGGUCCGAAGUGCAACGAAAAACAGGGAAAGUGUCAAGAAGUAGUAGUGGAUGUUCGAAGAGACCACGGUUGGCGCAAUUAGAAGACAACAUGAGUUCAGCUGGAGUCAAUGAUAUAAAGGAUAUAUCUGAUAAUGUAGGACCUCAUCCUACUACAAAAUGCAAUCCUCUGGAGAAAAGUCAAACUGUGAAGCAAAAGAGCCAUGUUAGUGGCAAGCGAGGUGAUAAAAGAAAUUUCAAAGUUUCUAUGAAAGCCAAAUAUGAUUCCUUCUCCAUGAGGGCUGGUUUGAUGAGCUUCAGUUCAGCUGCUGGAGGGAACAACUUUUUUGGAGCAUAUGGUCUGAAGUCAGAUAUUGAUGAUAUCACAAAGCAUGUUGAUGAUUUGUCAUUGAGAGACCUCCUUGAUGGCACUUACAAGUGUCCUAGUCUAGGCAAAGACAAGGGGAAAAAAGCAACAAAUAUGAAUGAAAGUUUUGUGCAAUCAGUUAGAAAGGCUUGCUCUAUUCUUCCACUUGCAAAGCCUCCUCAGUCCCAAAAUUUUACUGAGGUGGAUAGCUGUACCAACAAGAAACUGGUCACCUGCCCUUCGAGCUCCAUUUCAUCGGUAUCAAGCAGUGUUGAUGUUGAUAAAGGAGAUUCCUGCUCACCUGGUCUGUCAUCAUGCAACAAGGAGUCUUGUAGCAAGCCUGGAGCUACUAAAAAUCUUGAUUUUCCAUUGUAUCAACCGAAAGAUAUUUUAGAAAGGUUAGCACUUCCUCGACCCAAGGAUUUGGAGGCCUUGCUUCUGGAUGCAGCCAAGCCUUCUGCACCUUCAAGAAACAAUUCUGAUAUACGUUCAGGCAAGCACAUUUCUCGCCGAGCUAGCUUGCCACCGUUUCCCUGGUCACAUACUUAUAAUGGGCACUGUAGAACCAAUUCUGAUGCAGUUAAGCUUUUAACAAGUAGAAGUACAUGCCAAGGUCGAUGGGCAAGAAUAAAUAGUAGUGCAAUUCUUGGGGCUUCAACUGACAGUUUUACAAACUUGGAGUUACUCACUUAUGAUCAGAGUCUGGUUCCCCCAUCAACAUCUGUUAGCACUCCUUGGUGUGAGUGGGGUUCAUCAUCUAUUGUAACAAGUUCAAAAUCUUCUCUUGUUAAUCCUGAAUCUGGAGCUGAGCAAAAGGAUCCAGUAAAUGCUGGGCACUGCCCAAGAAUUGUAGCUGCUGCUGAAACUCUGUGUGACAUGGCAGCCCGAUCCUCGAGAAAAAAGCCAGAUGGAGUCUUAGGGUGGCUAAAGAAACCGUCACAGAAGGCCAUGAAGGCUCGGAAGUCAAAAUCCUUUGAGAAACCUGGAGUAUUUAUUACACGGUUUUCACAAUCAGGACCUGACAAUCUGGUGAGAAGUGGUAUCAACAAGAUAACGCCCUCUAAGAGGUCCAAGCUCUCCAUGAUGGAGAGUAAAAAAAAUCCCUCUCAUACCAAUGGUAUCAGAAAAGGACUAACAAAUUGGUCUGCUCCAAGAUCUAGUAGAUCAUCACCCAGUAAAUCAGUUAGGGACUCAAUUGCAGAAACAAAACAUUCCACUGCCGACAAUUUGAGGCAGUCAUGCAUGAUGCCGCCACCUUCCCGAGUUUUGGAUAAGACUUGCAACGGUCAACAGAAAAUACAAACAAUAAUGCCGGCUGAUUGGGACAGGGGGAGGGACAGGGUGGAUUGAUGAAUACUGUUUUGGUACAUUUGUGUGAUACGGGACAGGUUAUCAGCAACAAUGGUUGGUUUGUACAUAUUGGACUGUAGGUGAAAUGAAAUAGUAGUAUUUUUUUAAGGGAUUUUGCUGGAGGUGAAAGGAGAUUUGUUGUAAGGGUUCUCCUUAGACAGACAGACAGGGUUCCAAUGUUGUAACAUUAAAUGAGAGUUGUAGAAAUACAGUAGAAAAUUCUUUGCCUUGUGUAAAGCAUUUGAUGAGGCAAUAGAAAAUUUCACGC